GGUAUAUUCUCUCUCACACAAGCACACUAGCGCUGUAAAACGCAGCAGCAGAAGGCUCGAAAAAUAUCUUGGAGACAGUUUUGAAAUUUCUUCUGGAAACCCAGAAGACUUUGGGGGCAGUUGGAGAAAAUUUGGAAAGUGGGUGUGUACCCGUUCAGCAUUUUAAUCUAAUUGCUCGGAAAGUGGGGAGGUAUUUUGCUGGGAAGAGCGUGUGUUUUGACUAAACGCUUGAGGAAAGGAUUGGACAACAAUGGAGGGUGAGAAGAAGUACAUUACUGUCGAGCAGCUGAAGCUGCACAACAAGCCUUCGGAUUUGUGGAUCUCUAUCCAGGGCAAGGUUUACAAUAUCACUGAUUGGGCCAAAGAUCACCCGGGUGGGGAUGCCAUUCUCUUCAAUAUGUCCGGCCAGGACGUCACUGAUGCAUUCAUUGCCUACCAUCCUCCGUCCGCAUGGAAGUACCUGGGAAAGUUCUUCACUGGGUACCAUCUGAAAGAUUUCGAGAUCUCGGAGGUCUCCAAGGAUUACAGGAAGCUUGCUUCCGAGUUUAACCAGCUCGGUUUGUUCGAAAACAAAGGGCAUGUGGCUCUUUACUCUGUGAUUAGUAUUCUGGUUAUGCUUUACCUUGUUGUGUAUGGUGUGUUGAAGUCUGAGAGUGUGUUGGUUCAUUUUGGUUGCGGUUGUUUGUUGGGGAUCCUCUGGGUUGAGGGUGCCUAUAUAGGGCAUGACUCUGGGCAUUACCAGGUUAUGUCGAGCCGCGGGUACAACAAAAUCGCACAAUUUCUGGCCGGAAAUUGCCUGACUGGGAUCAGCAUUGCUUGGUGGAAAUGGACUCACAAUGCCCACCACAUUGCCUGCAACAGCCUUGACUAUGAUCCCGAUCUUCAGCACAUGCCGGUGUUUGCUGUGUCCACGAAAUUCUUUCAUUCAAUAACAUCAACCUUUUAUGGAAGAGAGCUGACAUUUGAUGCUGUGGCUAGAUUUUUAGUCAGCCACCAGCAUUUUACAUAUUAUCCGAUCAUGAUUGUUGGAAGGGUUAACUUGUUUAUACAGACAUUCUUGCUAUUGUUCUCGAAGAGAAGCAUCCCAGAUAGAGCUUUGAACAUAAUGGGGAUCCUUGUUUUCUGGACUUGGUUUCCUCUCCUUGUUUCGUGCCUGCCUAAUUGGAGGGAGAGGUUUAUGUUCGUGUUGGCGAGCUUUGCAGUGACAGCACUUCAGCACAUUCAGUUCACUUUGAACCAUUUCACAGGAGAUACUUAUCUUGGACCACCAACUGGGAACGAUUGGUUUGAGAAGCAGACAGCUGGUACCGUGGAUAUUUUGUGCUCGAGUUGGAUGGACUGGUUCUAUGGUGGCCUGCAGUUUCAACUUGAGCAUCAUUUGUUCCCCCGAUUACCCCGUUCCCAGCUAAGGAAGAUUUCUCCCACAGUGAAGGAACUAUGCAAGAAGCACAAUUUGCCUUACAAGAGUUUGUCCUUCUUGGAUGCCAAUGUGACUACCAUUCGGAUGCUAAGGAAUGCUGCCCAGCAGGCUUGGGACAUGGCCCUUCCCGUCCCAAAGAACUUGGCCUGGGAAGCUGUUAAUACCCAUGGCUGAUGUUUGUUGAGGCUCAUCUAAAUACCGCCCCUGCAUUAGGGUUCUCCGUUUGUAAGUUGGGGCAUCUAGGUCUGAAGAUCAUUCUUUUUCAGCAGGUUUUCAAUUGCCAUUUGAUAUUAUUUUUGGCAGUCUUUUUCCGAUAUUUGAUCUUUUAUGUUUUCUAUGUUUAAACUAAACCUCCAUAACAGAGUAUCUAUUUCUAUUGA